GGCGGGGCUGGAUGCCAGUCGCGGCCAAUGGCGCGCGGGGUGAAGGUUGAAAGGUGGAAGGUGGCGCUAGGCCGUGGCGCUGAUUUUCCCCAGCGCGUGUGCUGGGUUCCCUACCUGUCAUGGAGGCAGUCUUGACUGAGGAGCUUGAUGAAGAGGAACAGCUGGUGAGACGGCAUCGCAAAGAGAAGAAGGAGCUGCAAGCCAAAAUACAGAGUAUGAAGAAUGCUGUUCCCAGGAAUGACAAAAAGAGGAGGAAGCAACUUACAGAAGAUGUUGCUAAGUUAGAAGCAGAAAUGGAACAGAAACAUAGAGAGGAGCUGGAUCAGUUGAAGCUGACUUCCAAAGAGAGUAAAAUAGAUUCUGUUGCUGUUAAUAUUUCAAACUUGGUUCUUGAGAAUCAGCCACUUCGGAUAUCAAAAGCACAAAAGAGACGGGACAAAAAGGCUGCGUUGGAAAAGGAGCGGGAAGAAAGGAUAGCCGAAGCUGAAAUUGAAAACUUAACCGGAGCUAGACAUGUAGAAAGUGAAAAACUUGCUCAAAUAUUGGCAGCCAGACAGUUGGAAAUUAAACAGAUUCCAUCUGAUGGCCACUGUAUGUAUAGAGCCAUUGAAGAUCAGCUGAAGGAGCAGAACGGCGUUCUGACUGUGGCUGCCUUAAGGUGUCAGACUGCUAGCUAUAUGCAGAGUCAUGUGGAAGACUUUCUGCCGUUUUUAACAAAUCCUAAUACCGGAGAAAUGUAUACUCCAGAAGAGUUUGGAAAGUACUGUGAUGAUAUUGUAAACACAGCUGCAUGGGGGGGUCAACUUGAGCUAAGAGCCCUGUCUCACAUUUUACGAACACCGAUAGAGAUAAUACAGGCAGAUUCUCCUCCUAUAGUAGUUGGUGAAGAAUAUCCAGAAGAUCCAUUAAUACUUGUUUAUAUGAGACAUGCAUAUGGCUUAGGAGAACACUACAAUUCUGUUACACGUCUUUAUUUUAAAGUCUAUUUUGGGGAGGACUUCCAAGAUGGAAGAAGAGUAAGAUGGGGUGAUCACCUCCCUCCUCACAAAUGCAUCAAGAAUUGAUCUGCAUAUGGAAUAGCUACUUCCAAACACCUUCUGCACGCUGGAGGGAGAACCCAGACUUCCAAAAAGGCAAGCCAAUCUCCUUAGAAUGAGGUAGGGCAAAAGAUAAAGAUUAAAAAAAGAGGAAAUUUCAGGGUGGGGACCUGCAUUCUGGGAAGGGAGUCGUGAAGGAAGAAAGGCUUCUGUGCACUUCGAAGCCCCUCAUGGACAGGGUGGAGGGAAGUGCAGCAGUGUGUGCUCAGAAGGCAGGGAGGAGAGAGC